AUGGCGGCAAUAGUAAAAGAGCAGAUAGCAGCUGGGCAAUUCACCACGGCAAAGAUGACGUGGACGAAUCUUGUUGAUUUGAUUGACCAGCAGAGUGAUGGCGUGGAUAUGCUAAAUUUCUUGCUUGACAAAGGCGAAGGCUCAUCGACGAGCCAGGUGUUUCCGUCGACCCCCAACACCAUUGACGGUCUCAUGAAUGGGGUCAUUAAAGAAAAGUUGAAGGUUAUUCCUAAGAACAUAAUUUGGCAAGGAGUGGCUAUUCAAGUUUUCGAAGCAAUGAAUGCUACCUACAUGAAGCCAGCAAUCAAUGAGGUUGAUCAAUUGCUAGCAUAUGGAGUAAAUGUGUCGGUUUACAAUGGGCAAUUCGAUGUGAUAUGCUCGACAAUCGGUGUAGAAGCUUGGGUCAAAAAACUCAAAUGGGCUGGUCUGAAGAGUUUCUUGAGCACGCCAAGGCAGGCUUUGCGAUACUGUGAUUCUCCAGCGCGCUGCCUCAACCCCGUGAAGGCAUACGCUAGAUCAUACCAGAACCUGAACUUCUACUGGAUCCUCGGAGCUGGACACACGUUCAGUCACCUGACAGCUAGGAAGAUAUCCUCUGUAUGUGGUAUGUGCAGGUGA